CAGUUGACAUGGUCUACUUGCCUAACGAAGACAUUAAAGCCGGUGUUAAUGAGAUAUCGAAAGGUCUAAUUUGGUAAGAGUUUACUGAAAAUGUGUCACGUUUUAUAAGAAGUAACAUUGAGUUACUUAAGCAUUUCAACUCGAUUAAAACUGAACAUCGCCACUGCCAGAAAAAAGAAACUCCUGAGCGCAUGCGUAGAGCGGCUCGUCCCUUUGCAGAAAGAAACCCAUUAGCGCGAACAAAGGCCGCGUUAAAGGAGGUAACGGCCGCUGGAAUGUGACGACGACCUGCGGCGCUCGAUGACAACAAACGUUUUUGAAAGAAAGGAGGAAAGCAUCGCGGCAGUUUGCACCUCAUCAGAGCUGCAGACAGAAGAUUACGGAACGGGGAUCAGCAGGGAUGCAAACGCCGACGAGCGUCGGCUUUGACGUGCAAACACUUGCGGCGCGAUGAGACGGCUCAUCGGAAUGUCCGCUCUCCCUGUCCCCGCACCAAAGAAACAGCGGCAGGUUGCGACAGCUCUUAUAAAGCCCAGCCUACCUGAGAGGGUCCAGACUGUCCACCAUGCAGACCACCAGAGACAAGUCCCCGGGCGACGUGUUCCAAAGGAGCACCACCAACUUGGCCAGGAUCGCCGUCAUCCUGCAGGCCGCGCCGGACAAAAUGCUCACCUUUGCACAGUUGAUGGACAGGCUGGCGCCGCUCCUACCGGGAGACAGGAAGUCCGUGGACAACAACAUCAGGGUGUGUUUGUCCAUCAACAAUUGUUUUGUCAAGAUUCCAAUGGACCCCAACUCUGUGGACAGCAGGAGAAAUUUCUGGAAGCUGGACCUGGGUCAGAUCAGCAGUAAAAUGGUGCGCCGUCACUUUAAGAACCUCCUGGACUUCUUCCCAGAGCUGGCCCCCGGUGGGGGGAACGCAGAGAAUGUCCCCCAGCCCCCCGGGAAGAGACCCCGCGACUCGGUCCAGAUCCGCUGCGAGGUCAAGUUCAGCAGCCCGUUCUCCAUCGAGUCCCUCCUGAAGCGGGACAGCCCCGCCCCCGCGCGGCCCCAGAGGAGGGACCCCGAGGAGCGCUCCUUCACAGGAAGUCCAGCAGGGGGCAGCACCAGGGACAACUGGAGGACGCCAGUCCAGCCGGUCUUCCUGGCGUACCACAGACCGGGAGGCGGUCCGUACAGUCACCAUCCUUACGCCGCCUUCGCCCAUGAUGCUCGCCGCUUACGUUUGUGACCACGCCCCUUUUUUUUUUUCAAGUCCAAGUUGCACUUUUCUACGUUUCAUGUUGAAGAUGCAGGACGUGUUUUUGUGUUCAGAAGCAGACCUGCACUAUUUUUGUAUUUAUCGUUGCAGGCUCCGCCCCUUUUCCUUCUGGAUUGUUGUUACCAAAAUAAAUGUUUGUUCAGCUCCUCAUUGACCAAGUCAACCAUUAACUUGAUCACAUCCGCUCCUGAGGAACAUUAACUCAGUCUUAAGUCGCACAAACAUUCCUCCUCCAGAUAAUAUUCACUGCUUUGAGAAAUUAAAUGUUUAAAAAUAGGAUUUCAAUGAAAAUGUGUGUGAAACAGAUUUGUAUCUGGUUAUAAUCAAAUAUAUAUUUAUAUGUUCAACUUUGUUCUUUCAAACAUUUAAUUUUAGUCAUUGUUUCUCAACGUGUCAUGAAAAACGCCUGUGAAUAAAAUGCAUUUUUUGCGAAA